CCGAAAUGCCCCAGCGGAGGGCAGCAGCGGUUCCCACAAUGAGGAGUGAAGGUGGCGGAACAGCGGGGCACUGGAUCCAGAAGCCGUGCUGCUCUUUACACACUGCAGCAGGAAGGAAGAGAUGAUGUAGCUUUCUCUCUCAGGACUCCUGGAGCUCCAGGACUGCUGUGAUUUUAGGGGGUUAUUUUUGUGACCAAAGCUGUAUGUUAGACUGAUUCAUGGUUACACGAGUUACUAGUGUUGUUUUCAGAUCUAUAGAUAAAUAAAAUAGCUAGAUAUAUAGAUAGAUGAGUCUGAGCCUAGUCUGUUAGCUGGAGAAAAGAACCUAGUUGCUAGUUAUUUAUCUGUAGCUAAUGUUAAAGCUAAUACUUAGGUGGUAACUCUGGUUAUGAACUCUGUUACUUCUUUAGUUACUGAAUUCUGAAUUUAGUCCCCUGUUGUUAGCUGGAUAUGAACCACUGUAAGACAGCUAACUGAAUAGCUAGCCAGGUUUCUAUCUGCUAAUCUAUCUGUCUAGCUAAUGGGACAUCGUUUAUCUGAAAUAGUGAUUUUAAACGCCAGCUUAUGUUUCUAACAUAUCUAUUUUAGCUAAUUACGGUUAUGUUUUUCUUUUUUUGUUCACGAUAGCUAACUAGCUAAUCAUGCUAUGAUACUGUUGCUAAGGUAACAAGGAAACCAACCUACUUUGUUGCGAUUGAAGUUAUUUACUUAUUUUAUUUAUCUAUAUUAUAUAUUUUUUUAUUUCAUGGUGCUUUAGCACAGGUCCGUGUUCAAUAAGGCUUAAUAACGCAGUUAUAAAAUGUAACAACUAUUUUGCAUUAGCAUUGGUAUUAGCAUUAGCAAACCAACGGACUUCACGGCACUUCAUCCCGACCAACAUCUCCAGUAAACCUGCUGGUUUAAAUCAGCCUGCUGGUUGAUUUAAUACUAUUUAUAUUCAGACCAACAAAGGCAAGAAAAAACAAGAUCUUCAAAUAGAGGCAGCGGUAAGGGCGUGUCCCAACGCUCUUGGCACCGGGAUCAAUUGGCUGGUGGGCGUGGCCGUCGGGCUGGCUCCUCCCCCUCCCGGCGGCAGCGUGCACUCCCAGCCGCCGCCCGCGUGCGCCCCGCGCUCGCCUGGCUUGUGCGCCCGAGCCCAUGCCCCCAGCACCACACGGCCAGUCAGCGCCAUGUGCGUCCCGCACACCAUGGAGACGGGAAAACACCACAAUGCAUCGGACACAGGCCAAGGUCAGGGGCAUGGACAUGGCAGGCGCGGUAGAGGGGUGCCACUCGAACCCUUUGUCCACCAGGUUGGUGGCCAUACCAGCAUGAUGCGUUACGAUGACCACACCGUCUGCAAGCCUCUCAUCAGCCGCGAGCAGCGCUUUUAUGAGUCUCUACCUCCUGAGAUGAAGGAGUUUACACCAGAAUUCAAAGGUGUGGUCCUGGUGUGUUUUGAGGGCGACAUGGACGGCUACAUUAACCUGGUGGCGUACCCUUAUGUGGAGAGCGAAGGCUUGGACUAUGAAGAGCUGCCCGAGAGGGACCAACCGCGUCGGAAACACUCACGUCGCAGCCUGCAUCGCUCCAGCAGUGACCAUAAGGAGGAAAGAGCCGCCCACGAAAGCGACAGCAACGAAAAUUUGCAGGAGCUAAAGAGUCCACGCCUGGACUUGCAGAUUUAUUCUGACGUGCCCUUCCAGAUGCUGGACGGUAACAGCGGGCUGAGCGCUGAAAAGAUCAGCCACAACCCCUGGAGCCUACGCUGCCACAAACAGCAACUCAGUCGCAUGCGCUCUGAAUCCAAGGAGAGGAAGCUCUACAAAUUUCUGCUCCUCGAGAACGUAGUACAUCACUUCAGCUGUCCCUGCAUCCUGGACCUGAAGAUGGGCACACGGCAGCACGGCGACGACGCGUCCGAGGAGAAGGCCGCUCGUCAGAUGAAGAAGUGCGAGCAGAGCACCUCCGCUACUCUGGGCGUGCGAGUGUGUGGGAUGCAGGUGUACCAGAUGUCCACAGGCCAUUAUCUGUGCCGCAACAAGUACUACGGCAGAGGUCUGUCUAUCGAAGGCUUCCGCCAGGCGCUCUACCAGUUCUUGCACAACGGUACCAAGCUUCGACAGGACCUUUUCGAGCCCAUCUUGAGCAAACUGCUCAGCCUCAAAGCCGUACUCGAGCGUCAGGCCUCCUACCGCUUCUACUCUAGCUCUCUGCUCAUCAUCUACGAAGGCAGGGAACCCGAGCGGGCCGAAGCGUCCUCCGAGAAGGAGAACACCGCAGGGUGCCAGUCUCCACCCCUGGACCCACGCCCUGCUCCAAGCAUCGACGUGCGUAUGAUAGACUUUGCUCACAGCACCUUCAAAGGCUUCCGGGACGACCAGACAGUGCACGACGGACCGGACCGGGGCUACAUGUUCGGACUCGAGAGCCUCGUUAGCAUCCUGGAAGGGAUCCGUGAGGAGAACCAGUAGCCAAAAUGGACCUGUGUGUUUUUGUUACGAACCCGAACCCCACUUCCUCCCUCAUCCUCAGUUCUUUCUGUACUGUCUACAUGGUUUCAGUAACAAUACUGACGUUUCUGUGAAUAGUGACACUUUGAGACAUGCUGCAAGCAGGGAGGCACGGCCCUCUGCGUCUUUCAGCCAUCAGCACUCAGAGCACGAGGGUUGUUAUGAAGCUUUUUACUCGGUAAGGCUGGGAGGGAUUGGAGGUGACCUCUGGCUGGGUCUUUACUCGCGCCACCCUACAGAAAUGGCAGGGAUGGCACCGUGAAACAGGAGCUGGGAUCGUUUUGCGUGUCCUGUGGGUUUGUCGCCACCGUGUGGCCAUUUGUGGUUUUGCAGUCAGAUAGGAGGAAGCAGUGACAGCUCAGGGCAAGUCCAGGGUCAGGUCCUCAUCCACAUUGCUGGUUCUGUGGAGGGAGUGUGUGUGUGUGGGUGUGUGUGCGCGUGUGGUUGGGUGAGUGCGUGCGUGUGUGCGUGCGUGUGGAGGAUAGUAAUGUUUGGGGUAUAAAUCCCUACUGCAGUAUUCCUACAGGGGCUCAGAAAAGGGAGCAGAUACGAAAGCUUUACUAUAAAAUAAGGGUGGAAGGCUCAGAAGCCCCCUUAAUAAAAAGGUGAUCACCACCUUGUACGAUAAGUUACCAUCCACAGCCUAGCUGUGCAAACAAAAUCCUGUUUGAGGUCACAUGCUUAUAUAUAUAUAUAUAUAUAUUUUUUAAAUAAUAAUAAUAAUGUUAUCAUUUCUGCAGUUAUCCAUUUCACUUAGAGCCAACAUUGCAUUUUAUUCAUGUUAUUUUUUGCUUUUUCUUUCUUUCUCUCUCUUUUUGUAUUAAAGUAAUUUCUUUUAUGGUUUAUGGUAGUGCUGCCAGGUCUAGGCUCGUCUGUGGGACAGUGUGUGUAUCCGUAGACGUCCUCGUUUUCGUUCUCUCGAGUACAUUUUAUGCUAAAAAGAUCCUUAUCUUUUGCACUGUACAUUUGGAUUGUGCUCUAAGAAGCAUCCAGCAUGGUUCUCAGAUUAACCCUCUUCCCCCCUCAUCUUGUCAUUUUAUUCCUGGUUUUAGGACUGUUUCUAAACGAUUCACACAUUCAAACGAGUAAAAAUGUCCCUCAGCACAUGUAGCAACACAAUAGAGAUUCUCUUCCCUUUUUUGCUCGUCGUGUCCCCUCUCCCUUCACCACACGGUUAGGGUAUAGUGUGUGUAUAGAUGGAACGAUAGCCAUCGUCUUUUUUUAGCGAUCAGAGGUUUCUUUUCCCUCUCUGGCACACCACAGACUUCUUUUAUCCAGUUUGUUGUCUCCAUGUAUUCAGAUGCAACGUCCCACACAUGAACACACUGCAUCAAUAUUAUCAGUGUAGUAUUGCUGUUCUAUUGUGACCCUCGACCUUUAUAGAGGCAUCACCUCUUUGUAUUGUAAUCCAGGUGGACAUCAUUACAGAUUCUAGACCAGAUGAGAUUAUUUGUCUUGUUCUGGAUGUCACGGGAUCGGCCACCGGUUGUGUCCGUCCUGUCCUGUCGGAGUCGGUUCAGAAUGCACUCGGCACUCUUUCUUUCUCUGUUCAUGCACAUCGUCACGAUGUAAAGGGAAAAUGCACAACAUAACUGUUUCAUAAUCAUGUGUCCAGGUGCAUAAAUACUGCAAGUGUGAUAUAUAUAUAUAAUUUAAUAACUGACCGUUUUUGUAUUAUAUAUAUAUAUAUAAUUUAAUAACUGACCGUUUUGCUGUGUAACACUUAAAAAGAGCAGUGAAGGAUAAAAAACAAACCAUAAUUUUAAAAACAGGUCAUGUUUGUGCUCACAAGCAUCCAGAUCAGCUCUCCUACACCUACAGUACGUGUGUGUAUGUGUGUGUGUGUGUGUAAAUACUUAACCAGGGUUCAUGUUUGUCCAGCCUUUUCACUGUUCGAGAGCUGACCAGGAUAUGAAGGUUUAUAGUGCAAUCAUCACCUUCCCCCCCCACAGCAGGCAGGGUGUGAUUCCUAGCUGCUUUAGCUUAACAGAAAGUCUGUUCUGUGCCAGGGCAGGAGGAAGAAAUGCUCACACGACUAGCGGAAAAAUCGAAGUUGCUGUCUUUCGUGUCGGGAGGAAAAACAAAAAAAAAACAAGUCUCCUCUGUGGUGGAUGUUCUUAGUCUCUCCAUAGAUGUGAGAUUGUAUGAGUAGAAAUAAAAAGAAAUUACUGAAAUAAUUACCCUCCCCCCAAAAAAGUAUGUAUUUCUCCCUGUUGUUGCAUGGAUGGAUUUUUUUUUUAAGGAAAAAAAAUGACAUAUUUGAAUGUGAGUUAUAAAUCAUUUAUUUAAGAAAA